AUGGAGCGGGAUGAAGAGCAGCUCUCCGCGCGGCCAGCCCUGGAGACCGAGGGGUUGCGCUUCUUGCACGUCACGGUGGGCUCCCUGCUGGCCACGUAUGGCUGGUACAUCGUCUUCAGCGGUAUCCUUCUCUUCGUGGUGAUUCAGAAACUUUCUGCCCGGCUGAGGGCCUUGAGGCAAAGGCAGUUGGACCGAGACCCGGCUGUUAUGGAACCUGAUGUUGUUGUUAAACGACAAGAGGCUUUAGCAGCUGCUCGUUUGAAAAUGCAAGAAGAAUUAAAUGCACAAGCUGAGAAGCAUAAACAAAAAUUAAGACAGCUUGAAGAAGAGAAAAGAAGACAGAAGAUUGAAAUGUGGGACAGCAUGCAGGAAGGAAAAAGCUACAAAGGAAAUACCAGAAAGCCUCAGGAAGAAGACAGCUCUAGGCCUUCCACUUCAUCAGUUCCCCUGAAACGUAAACCUGAUAGAAAGCUGUUGCGGGGAGGUGGUUACAACCCUCUGUCUGGUGAAGGAGGUGGUUCGUGCUCCUGGAGGCCUGGGCGCCGAGGUCCAUCUUCUGGUGGAUGAGGCUAAGAGGCUUGUUAGUGUCAUCUGACAUUAACAAGAUGAACCCUGAA